AUGGUUUCCCAAGAGAUCAAGUCAGAGAUUGAGAAGGUGUUGAACUCCAAGUGUGGCAUGAUGGUGCAGUGGAAAGGCAUUGAGAAGAUCUUGCUGGAUGCUGGCUUAGCAUAUGAGCAGGAGCUAGGGCCAGAGCACUUCCUGGUGCACCCACAAAACAGAGGGGGUACUGGUAUCAAUGCUUUCAAUUGCCAUAGUAAGGGUGCUGUGAUCUGCAGCACAGGUGCAGACUUGUCCCAACUUGCAGGGUCAGUUGCUUUUGAAACCAACCCCAAGACCAAGCAAAAGCAGGUCAGCUUCACAGCUUCUUUAGCCAAAGAAUCAGAUGGGCUUUUGGCCAACCCCACAGGCAUGGAAAGGUUUCUUACUGUCUCCAAGGGCCAUACUUCCCAGUUUUGCAAGGCUAUCAAGUUCAAUUGCAGGACACCCCAAGCAAGUUUGGCUGGUGGGGAUGGUUGUUUGGGAAACCAUUUGUUGGCAAGGGAUUCAGCUUUGGCUACCAUGGUAAACAAAGGGUGGAAGUGGACCAUCAUUUUGGCAUGUGUGGAAGAAACAUUUCCCCAGCUGCCCUCUUUGGUGGAGUCUGCUUGUAACUCCAGCAAUGCCACCUAUGAAGCACAAAAUGAAGUUCAGCUGAUGUCAGCAAUCAUUGCCCACAACAUCAGCCUCAAGCAGGGUGGCAAAAUCGAUUUUGUGAAGGUUGCCAUUGAUCUAUGUCAUGGAGGGCCUUUGAAAUCAUAUGCUGGUGGGCUGGAUGGGCCUCUUGUGGCCUUCUUGGUCCACAUGGGCAAGCAGUAUGGUGAGAAUGCCACCAUUGGGUCAGAGCUCAUGUGUGCACUUGUUGAUGUCACACUCAGCAAAUCCAAUCUUUUUGUGAUGACAAGAAAUGCAGUUCUACUCACAAACAUGUGCAUUGGCAAGUCCAUUGAUGGUAUUGCCAGAUUGGUGACCAAAACCGACUUUUAUGGCCUCAAAGCCAAGAAGUAUGAAGACACCCUCAAAAAUUGUGAGACCUUUUUGGAGUAUGCUUGGAACAAGGCUACACAAUCCCAGAUUGACAGGUCAAAGUCCUAUAAAAUUUUUGCACUGGCUGCCAUGAGGGCCAUCCUUUACCUCUUCAAAAAAGAAAAGCAUGGCAGAGAAGGGAAAGAAUACACAUUGGCAGAAAUUGAAACCAUGUUCAAUGAUGAUUUGACCAAGGGCUCCAUUUGCAGCAUGUCCACAUCUGAACCUUCAUCAAGCACAGAUGCUUCUCAGCCUGAUGAGCAGGCCAUUAGCAUUCAUGAGGGGAAGGAUUCGAUGUUUCUAGCCAAGAAGGCACUUGGGCUGGAGCCUGGGACCUUGUACACCCUGAAAGACUUUGGAAACAGGGUGUGGCAGUUGCAAAAUGUGACACCAACAUAUGUCACAUUAGUGUUCACACCCCUUUUGGAGCCAUCCAAGAAAAUGACAGUGAAGUACCAGGCCCAUGAAACCAUGUCCAAGAUGAGAGCCUACAAAGGCAAACCUGCCAAGCUGUUUGAGGAUGCAGAGGUGACCAGCCUUUUCCCAAACCAAGAGUCAGAAGUUUUGAAGUGUCAAGUGUUCCAAGCAUUACUUGAAGUUUACAACUCAGAAGACCUUGAUGUGCAAGAUAUCUAUGUUCAGAAGUGUCCAAGGGUUGCAGUGUAUGCCAAAAAGAACAUCAAGAUCAAAGGGGUGAAGCUCAUUCCAGUGCCUGAGAAAAUUUCCAACCUCGUUGUGCAGGAGCCCAAGGCCACAAAGUAUGGCAUUUGCAAGUUUCAGGGCACCACCAUGUACAUCACACCCCCCAAGCCCUUGAAGUUUCCCAAGCCUGAGGACACAAACCAGCAGGUCAGUGGAAUGUUUGCCCCCUAUUGGGCAUGCACUACCAAGGAUGGAGAUGGUGUCUUAGAGGAAAAGAUGCAAAGCUUCAAAUCCAGCCUAGGUGACAUUGAAAUUGGCAUCCUUACCAACACCCAAGCCAUUGAUGGCCAUCAAAGCUUGCACAUCUAUGAGGCCCCAAAGGAUGAGAAGCCCGAUGGACCUGUGCAAAAGAAAGCUCGAAAGUGA